AGAAGUAUUUAGAACUGGAAUUAAAAAUAACGACCCUGCUUUCUAUGUGUUAGAAAUAACAGAUCCAUGAUGAUCACCUUUCCAUCUCCAUUAUCAGGAUGGCCUUGAAGAAAGAAAUAAUUGUUUUGUCCCCUCAACCGAGGACCAAUGAAGAUGCAGCUUGAACUGCCAGUGACUUCCAAGUGCUUUGGAAAAGGGCUUCUUAAAGCAGAGUUGUGUCAAGUCAGUUUUACCCUGCAGCAGUGCCCCCAGUUUGUUUCUCUACAUGUAGAAGAAGAAAUACCAUGUAGAGCCAAGCUAUUGGCUUGCAGGGAAAGGUUACUGGAGAACACAGCAAUACUCUACGCAUUGUUCAAUCAAGUGGUAGCAGAAAAUCAGCAAGCAUUGAAUAUGCCCACACCUCUGAUCUACCUGUGGCAUGCUGGCUAGUCGAGAACAUGUUGCAAACUGAUGUGGAGAACUUGUGUCCAAUUGCAGAAUUGAUGGGGUGGGCGGAGGAGAGCUGCUGGUUCCUGCACCGUGACAGGGAGGAAUGGUAUGGUUUGGGAACUCCACUUUCAGUUGAACUCUGCUAUAAGCACAACACAUGAAAUCCCUUUCCUGUGUAAGAUGGAGAAUGUGUGACAGUUUCGUAAAGCCAGUUGAAAUGGAAACAAAAGACAUCAGGAAUGUAUGCAGUACUGAGAUUAUAAAAGACACUAGGAAAAUUUAGGAAUAUUAUGUUCUCAAAGAAUCUCUGGACAUCGGAAGGAAGAGAGCCCUUGUGCAAAAAGGGGAUAAGACUGAGAUGUGUAAAGUGAUGGAAGAAACGAAAAAGAUGCAACCUAGACUGAAAAAUAGCGGGAUGAAGAGGAAAUCUCUGCUGGUUUAGGCAGCGAGCAGUAUGAACAAGACCUAUGUCUUCUCAACCCAGUCGAGAAGGACCGGGUGAAAAGGAAAGCAAAUGGCUGUUACCGAAGUGCUGAAGGAGUGCGGCGUGCGGCGAUGGUGCGGUGGCGGCGGUUCCCGCGGCAGAGGCAGCGGCGGCGGUCGGUGGAGCCGUGCGUGCAGUGCCGGGCGUUGGCUGCGGGCGCCGCUGUUCACCGCGGAGGAGAGGAAGGAGCCGAGCGCUGCAGGCAGCCCCGCCCGCUGCGGCCCGGCUCGCUCGCUCGCUCUGUCUGUGUCGGCGUCCGGGCGGGCUGCGAGCGGCCCCGCGGUGCGGAGCGGUGCUGCAGCGAGGCGGAGGGGCGGCGGGAGAGGUCGGCAGCGGACGCCGAGACGGAUCCAGAGAAGAAGCCGGAAGAUAGAAGAGGAAGCAGAGCUCGGAGUGGAAGCGGCGCGGCAGCGGCGAUCGUGAGGUGGCGGCGGUGGUGCGGUGUCAGCGGGGCCGUGUGGGAGAUGUGCUUGGCGAGAGAAGGGCGCUGGGGCCGGAGGCAGCGGGCGCUGCUGUGCUGCGUUUUGGUGGCGGCGUGGGAGGCGGCGUGGGGGCAGCUGCGCUACUCGGUGCCCGAGGAGCUGCCCAAGGGCUCGUUCGUGGGCGACGUGGCCAAGGACCUGGCGCUGGAGCUGGAGGCGCUGGGCGCCCGCGGCGCCCGAGUGGUGUCCCAAGGCAGGGCGCAGUAUUUCGCUCUGCAUGCGAGCAGCGGCCACUUGGUGACGGCCGAGAGGAUCGACAGGGAGCAGCUCUGCCGGCUGCUGGAGAAAUGCGUGCUGCGCUGUGAGCUGAUCGUGGAGGGCGAGAUGAAGGUUUAUGCAAUCGAAGUAGAAAUCACGGACAUUAAUGACAAUACGCCGAGCUUCAAGAAGUUAGACCUGGAGGAGAAAAUGAGCGAAAUGGCAGCCCCGGGGACUCGAUUUCCUCUGCCUGUUGCUUAUGACCCUGACGUGGGUGUGAAUUCCCUGCAGAGCUACGCGCUGAGCGGCGACGAGCACUUCUCGCUGUCGGUGCAGGCGGGAGCCGACGGCGAGAAGCGUCCCGAGCUGGUGCUGGCCAAGGCGCUGGACCGGGAGGAGGCGGCGUUUCACGAGCUGCUGCUGAGGGCGAGCGACGGCGGCGAGCCGGCGCGGACGGGCACGGCGCGCAUCCGCGUGGCUGUGCUGGACGCCAACGACAACGCGCCCGCGUUCAGCCAGGCGGUGUACACGGUGCGAGUGCCCGAGGACGUGCCCGUGGGCUCCACGCUGCUCAGCGUCACCGCCACCGAUCCCGAUGACGGAACCAACGGCGACGUGACAUACUCGUUAAAUAAA